CAUCAUUUUCUACUAGUUUGUUUACUUCAAACGUUCCCCAACUUAAUGGAACCAACUUCUCUGAAUGGAAAGAGAAACUUGAGUUCACCCUGGGAGUGAUGGACUUAGACCUAGCAUUGUUGAAUGAUAAGCCAACUGAUCUUUCUUAUGAAAGUAGUUCGGCUGAGAUCACUGCCCAUAAUGCUUGGGAAAAAUCUAACAGGCUAAGUUUGCAGUUCAUCAGAAUGUCUGUUGCCGAUAAUAUUAAGGCAAGCCUCCCAGCGACUGAUGUUGCAAAGGAAUAUUUGCAAAAUGUUGAAGAUCGCUUCAAAACUGCAGACAAGUCUCUUGCAGGAAAACUUAUGAAGGAUCUUAUUAGCAUGCGAUAUGAUGGUUCUCGGACCAUGUACGAGCAUGUGAUGGACAUGAACAACAUUGCUUCCAAGCUGGGAAAGUUAGGAUUACCGGUGGAUAAGGGUUUCCUUGUCCAAUUCAUUCUAACUUCCUUGCCUCCUCAGUAUGGGCCAUUCCAAAUUCACUAUAACACUAUAAAGGAUAAGUGGACUCUAAAUGAAUUGGGAAAUAUGUUGGUCCAAGAGGAGGAAAGGCUGAAGGAGCAUGGAAUGAGUGCAUCUCAUGCUCACAUUGCAACUGAAGGAGCAUCUAAGAAAGUUGGGAAUAUGCCGGACAAAGGCAAGAAACGUGCACCUCCCAAAAGGAAU